CCCGGCGAGUCGGAGAUCGAAGCCCAAAGUUGCUACAUUCACCAUCAUAUCGUGUGCAUAGCUCGAAAGGCAAAGUAAGUGGGAUCAAGCUGGUAGUUUCUACGGGGAGGAGCAUGACGCUUACCAGUUCCCAGAGCUCUUUUCUCAGAACAACGCUCUGAACACUUGAUCUGGAUAACACCACGAUUCACCAUGUCCGGAGUAACCAGAACGCUGGGUCCAGAGUCUGGAGGAGCUAGUUCAGAGAAGCCCGGCAGGCAACGAGGCCCGGUCGAGGAGGUCAUUGCAAAACGAAUGAGACAGGUCGGCAAGAAAUUGCAACGAAUCAAGGCGUAUUCGUCCAUUGAAGGUGCAAAGCUCAACGCGGACCAGAAGGCCGCUUUGACCACUUUACCUGCUCUUGAAGCCGUCUAUAAGGAGCUCGAGGACCUUAUCAAAGAGAAGGGCCCGGUUGAUGAACAAGAGCUCAUCCAGGCUGCGAAGCUUAGAGAAGCCCAGGAAGCUGCGAACGCCAGCGCAUCUUCUGGAGCCUCGGCAAUAUUUGAGUCCUACAAGGCAUCUCUCGCCAAGAAUCUCCCUCCAUUCAUCCGCCUGCAUUCUCUCCUUCAUCCCGCCAGACCCUCGGAUCAUGAACACUUGACCUUUGGUCAUCUCACGCUACCUCACAAUCUUCAAGAUGAAGUUCAGGCCACCGAUAUUCUACGAGUUGGCCGUAUGUGGGCAGAUUUGCAGAGAGACGAAGAUUCUGCUCGGAGAGUGCUCGAUCUGCUCGCUGGUGGACCGGAUGGAGAGGACAGCGAGAAUGACCAUGUGCACCACCUGCUCGGGCUCUUGUCCGAAUCACAGACUGGUCAGGACCAAUUGGACUCCUCUCAGCAUUCGGCUCAAAUUGAAACAGGAAACCCCGCCGCAGAAGCAUACGAAUCGGAAACGAGAACAGCACCACCGUCCAUUACUGCGAAUUCUGCUUAUCCGCCUAACGGGUAUGGCGAAAUGCCAGAAGAGACGGCCGAGGCUGAACCUGUGAAAGACAACGGAGGAGCGAUCAACUUCUUGCAAGCGGACGAGUUGGGAGCUGGAGAAGAUGGAGGCGGUGACGCGGUCGACGCGGGCACCGAGCAUAGCUUCGAGGUCGUCCCCAUGCUCGAGCCUCACCAGACCUCCGGAAUGCAACCUCCCGUCGAUUAUCUGCAGCAUGACGCUCUACCUGCUUCAAGGACAGUAACCCCCUCUCGUUUCGAUCUCACGUCUCAGGUGGACUCACAGCCUGCCAACUGGGCAGACCUAGAUCAGGAAGACAAUGAAAACCAGCAGGAUGGGACAGUAGCUGCUGAUGAAGAAGCUACCGCAAGCAACGUUCACGUUGGUGCUCAGACCAACCACGCCGAGACACCAUCGGAGGAGCCUUCCAAGGUCGAUUCGUCCGAGCAUGCUGCAUCCUCUUCACGCCGAACACCCGACUCAAAGCAGACGCCUCGUCGACCAAAUGAUCCCAAGCGAACCAAAUCUGGAGGAGGUGCUCAGCAAGAACGUCAACGACAGGCGAAGGAACCAGCGAGAAAGACAGUAGUUGACGAAGAUGGAUUCGAGAUGAAAGUAAGACGGGCACCUGCCCCGGUCAGUCGAGGACGUGGGCGCGGAGGAUCCAGAGGAGGAGCGAGACCCGAAGGCCGUGGUGCUUCGCAGGGCGGAAGGUCAGGUUCCGGCCCACGGCCCAAUGGGUCUGCGGAAGGGCAGGGCAAUGGAGCCGGACAGGGUAUGUCGAAGAACAAUGGUCAGAACCAGAGACGUCGAGAGCAGGGCGGAGGUCAGACCGGGACCACUGGACAAGCUCAGACGCCAAAAGAGAGCAUCUUCAAGCCUGCCCAAACAGCCUCAGGCACCGCAUGAUAUAGGUGCAAUUGAGAAGGGUACGGACAUGAAAAGGAGAGACUUAGCGGCGGGAGGAGAAGUGUACGAUGAUUGGCGUGGUCCAACGCAUUGAGCAUUCCUACAUCCUAUCCUCAGUAGCAUGCAAAACUCGGCGCAAUAGCUGCAACGAAGUCUGACCAAUUGCAAACACACGACGGUCAAUGCUUCCACGAUAUUGGCGCAGAACCAUACUAACC